AUGACUACCACUGAUGAUGAUGAUGAUGAUGAUGAUGAUGAUGAUGAUGAUUGCACCAUUGGAAGUUCAAUGUGCAAGAAUGCUAUCAGUACACCAGAAGUACAAGAUCUAAUAACAUCCAAUAAUCAGAAGUUCGAUCUCCUCAUGGCUGGAGUUUUCACAGAGUGUUUUCUUGGAUUGGCUCACAAGCAUAAUGCCAGUAUUAUACAACAAAUUCCUAAUACUCUAGCAUUUGUGAUGGGUGAUGCAGUUGGCAAUCCUGCUGCAUAUGCCUACAUUCCUGACAUAAUGCUUGAUAUUCCUAAUAUUGAUAAUUUACCAUCUGUUGAGAAAUUGUUCAAAAGCAGUUCCCUGGUUCUCAUCAACAACCAUGAAAGCAUAGGCCUUUCUAGGCCACUAACACCAAAUACAAUUCAAGUUGGAGGAAUGCAUAUUAAACCUGCAAAAGAUCUUCCAAAGGACCUUAAAACAAUUUUGGAUAAUUCAAAAGAAGGAGUUAUAUUCUUCAGUUUGGGAACAAAUGUUCAAGCUUCUGAAAUGCCAAAUGACAAGUUCAUUGCCUUUAUGAAAGCUUUCUCAAAACUGAAGCAAGAAGUACUGUGGAAAUGGGAUCAAGAUACUAUGGUUGGGAAGCCAAAUAAUGUACAUCUUGGGAAAUGGUUUCCCCAAAAUGAUAUUUUGGGACAUAAAAAUGUUGUGUUGUUUAUAUCACAUGGUGGCUUACUGAGUCUUCAAGAAGCUGUCUACCAUGGAGUUCCAGUUGUAGGAAUACCACUAUUUGGUGAUCAGAAAGUGAAUUUGAUUCGAGCUGAGGACAAAGGAUAUGCAGUUAAAUUACUAUUCCACAAUGUAACAGAAGAGUCAUUACUGUGGGCAAUCAAUGAAGUUUUAACUCAGCAAAAGUACCGGCAGCGUGCAGCAGAGCUGUCGCAACUGUUCCAUGACCAGCCCCAGCAGCCUCUGGAGCACGCCAUCUUCUGGACUGAGUAUGUGUUGCGGCACGGUGGUGCAACACACUUGCGCAGUGCAGCACUGGACCUCUACUGGUGGCAGCUGGCAUUGCUUGAUGUUGCAGCAGCCGUUGCAGUCUGCAUGCUGGCAAACAAACAGCAGAAAAUGCAAGAAGAUGAAACAGAAGAAACCGUAGAUGUAGAAAAUGAUGGAGAAUCAUUUCAUGCAGAAGUAUUUCAAGCCCAAGGAACAGCUUUCAAAUUGUUCAAAAAAUGUGUGAUACCAUGA